AUGUCGAUAGGAGAAGAAGGCACACGGGGUGUCUCCUCGGUGGAAGUGUACGGCUUCGUGGGCUGGAUAUCCUCCUUCGUGGCCUACGUGCUAUACCUGGUGUGGGCCUACACACCCCCGCAUCUCCUUGCACGCAUCGGUGUGACGUACUUUCCCACCACCUACUGGGCCCUAGCCAUCCCUGCCUGGUGCUGCGUCACAGUGCUCUGCCUCAUCCUCGGCUAUGAAGCAUACAAUGCGACCCUGGGUCAGAUCCCCGACGACCCAGCUGUUGUGGCAGCCCCAUUCUGUCCAAUUGACAUGGAGCACGGACCCCUGCCCCAGCUCUUCAGCCGUCCUGGCCAGACAGAAAUUCUCCCCCUCCUCGAACUGCCUGCGUCUGUGGUUGAAGAUGUCCUGAGGCAUGGCAUGAAGCCCGCAGGUGAGUUUGUGGGGGCUUUUAUUGUAGAGGAGAGAAUCUGUACUUGGUACAUAAGUUGCCUACUACACACAUGGUUGCCUGUGCCAUGCAUCUCGUCGUUCAACCCACACCACACACCACACACCAAAGCAGAUGCUGAGGCGCGUCGUUCACAACAGAUCAAUGAGACUCUCGUCGCCCAGGCCGGCAGUCGAGCGCUGAACCCCGACAGAUCGCUGUUGGAGGUGGCCUUCACCCUCCAGGAUGGGACUCCUGCCUCGGUGCGGGCCUCCCUUCCCCCCACCUUCCCCCAGGACCCGCCCUCCCUGAGCGCCACGCCAGCGCUGCAGCACCCCUGGAUCAACCCCGACGGCAAGCUGGAGCCCCCCUCCCUCGCGUCCUGGGGCAGGGGCGGGGCGCGCCUGGCCGCCGUCGUGCAACAAGUCGUGGCUGAGCUGGCUGCCAAGGCGCGGGCCUCCCCCAGCGCCCACACCACCUACGCCGUGCCCGCCACUCCCAACCCCAUCUCCCCCACCCUCCCCGACCUCCCGCGCUCCUUCCCGCUGCUGGACUCGCUGUCCAACGAGCAGUUGCUGGAGGCCCUGACCCAGCCCAGCAAGUUUGAGGAGCUGGAGCGCCGGCCCGUGGAGGCGGCCUGGCAGCAGGCGAGGGAGCUGGCGGAGGGCAACAUCGCCCGCGGCGACGAGAUGGCGGACUGCGCCAACCAGAUCGCCAUCAUCCAGUCCAGUGAGUACCAGCCCGCGGAGACCGCGUUCCGGGACCUGCACGCCCGCCAGAAGGCCGUCCUGGACAAGCUGGCUCCCCGGGUGCUAUUGGAGCGGCUCGCCGCCUCGGCUAAGGAGGCAGAGGCGGCGUCGGAUGUCCUGGUGGCAGGGGUCUCUGGCGGGCAUAUGAGCGUGGAGGCGUGGGCGGAGCAGUACAUGCGGGCGCGUACCGCCUACCACAUGCGCGACCUCAAGCACCAUGCUGCGCAGCAGAGCAUCCCCCAGACCUGA